AUGCGAUUCUCAAAAAGUGAAUCUGACAAUACAACAUUAUUAAUUAAUGAACAUGAGACAACAACGUCUCCGAUAUCCUCAUUGUCGCAUAAAACUCAUCAUUCGUCUAUUCAAUGUCAUACCCUACGAGAAGAUCAUAUGCCGAAUUCUAAAGAUAAAUCAUCACCAUCUUCAGAAUAUAUUUAUACUGAAAUUGUUAAAGCAAUUGGAAAUAAUGAAUUUAUUCAAGAAAAACGUUUACUUAAACGAGCUAGUUGGAGUCCAGGUGUCCAUCAAGAACAUGGUUUACCACCAACUGGAAAACAUACCGAUAGUGAACAAUUAACAACGCAUAAAAAUUCUAAUCGAGUACGUAUACGACCAACAGUAACUAGAUAUUUUCAACCACAACAAAAUUCACAUUAUCAUCAAAUGUCUUUCGGACGACCUGUUUCAUUAAAUGAAGGACACGAUCGUCAUUCAAUUGAUCCUCAAUCAAGAAAACUUUCAAAAUCAUCUUUAAAUCAUAAUAAUAGUUUUUCACAAAAACGGUGUGAAUCCUCAACUUCUCUCUCAUCAUCUUCAGUUGAUACAAUAGGACAAAUUACUGAACGUAGAUCACCUUCAUAUGACAAUAGUGAUUUCAUGAGUGAUACAUCAACUGCAUCAUCAAUAACAACGACAAAUACACUAACAUCUUUAUGUUCAACUAUUCCUUCUCACAUGUCUCGACGAACAAGUCCCAAUAGCGAGCGUAUUCAUUCAUCAAUAAAACGUCCAUUAUUAAGUGAAUAUCAACAACAAAAUUUAACACCUGUUGAUUACAAACUUUCCUCACCAGCUAUUACUAUUCGUUCAACGUCUCCAAUUUCCUUACCUUCCUCUAUUUCUACUUCUAUAACUUCUUUUGCUCAACCAAAAGGUCAUGAGCAGUCAUUGUCAUCUUCCAAAGGGUCAUCACUAAAUCAAUAUACAGAGUUUACUUCACAAACAUUAGCUGCUGAUACAUCUCGAAACAACAUUGGUCCUUCAACAACAAUAACGACACGUAGUAUAAUGACUAUGUCAAUGUCACCUAAUCGCCAUCAUAAUCAAACGCGUUCAGCAAAGGCUAUCAUCACAUCAUCUCAAAUAUCGCCAUCAACUAACGUCACAAUCAUGACAAACAAUAGCGAUGGAUUAAAACAGCAACAGCAACGAGAUCAAUCAGAAUUAACAACGGUUUGUAGUAAUGGUUGUUUAAAGUCACCGACAAAUACAAAUAAUAAUAAUCGUAUGAAAAAAUCUGUUCAUUUUGACUGGCAUUUGCCUAAAGAAAUUCGGUCACGUUCACCAUCAUCGGUCAAUUUAGAUUGCAAUAGUAAUUAUCAGCAGACAGUUGCAAUUGCGUCUUCAUCUUCUUUGUCCAAUGGUAAUGGUAAUAGCGGCGACAAUGACGAACAAAAGAAACUAUGCGAUGAUCAACGUGAUGUCGAGACAUCGAGAGAAAAAGAGAGAAUUGAAACAACGAUGAGGACAAUCACUACUAACCCGCUGACCACUACUACCAAUACAAGCACAAUUCUUCAUUCUUUUUCUCUUUCUCCAUCACCGCUAUCGAAAGAAGAGGGUAACGAUAGCCGACCAUAUAGAGAAGAAAAAAAAGAAAAUGUCGACGAGCCAAACUGCAUUACUUCUCAACGAGUAACAACUGCUGCUACUCACCUUCAUUGCACUACUACUACUGCUACAGUCACUUUCAAUGACGGUAGCAACAACGUCUUGCAAAAAAAAGAAUCGAAUGGCACGAACAAUUCCAAUAAAAAUUUAUUAAAACGACAGUCACCAUCAGUUGAUAAACCUAUGCCAUUAAAUAGUUUACUUGUGAAAACAUCUUCACUUAAUACAAUUAUUAAUCCACAAAUCCCACAACAAUCAUCAUCAUCAUCAACAGCAAAAAAAUUAAUUAGUAAUGGUUUUUUCAAUUUUAUUGGUCGUUCAAAUAGCAGUAAUAACAAGUCAUCAACAUCGACCGAAGAAAAUAAACAAUUGCGACGUACAUCGUCCACUCAACUACGUGCUCAACGAAAGUCUAAACAACAGACGACAUUAACAACAGGGACAAACGGAAAUAAACGUCUUAGUGCGGAUGUCGAAUCUCUUCUUCCUGUAUCUUCGAUCAAUAGCAAUCAUAAUGAAAUAUCAAAUAAAGAUGAACAUAUAUUUGACAAAGUUACAACAAAUAAUAAUAUUAAUCGUGAACGACAAUCAUCAAUUUCUCUUGUUUCAACAUCGAUAGACAACAAUAUCAAUGGUACUAGUUCUUCUAACAUCGGUAAGUAUAUGAACCAAGGUCAACGUGAAAGUUUACCAUGA